AUGAGUUCCAAUACUCUCUCUCAGAGUUUAUACAAUUAUAGUGAUCUGGAAAUAACAUCCACUGCAGAGAAUAAUAGCUUAGUUGUAAACGCCAGCUUCGCAGUGGCAGACGUUGUUGUUUUUGAAACAUAUAGUUAUUAUAUAAUAGGUUCUUUAAUGACCACGAUCAUGGUAAUAGGGUUUUCUACGAACCUUGCAAUUCUUUACACGUAUGCAACAAACAGGAAAAUUCGUACAGUUGAUAACACCUUAAUUAUCGGCCUGGCAUUGAGUGAUAUUGGACAGGCUAUUCUCGGUAUACCGUUCGUUGCCGUUUCUAGUUUUAGCAAGCAUUGGAUAUUUGGUCAUUUUCUUUGUCAGUAUUAUGCGUUUAUAACGACUUCUUUUGGAAUUGCUCAAAUUGCCAUGUUAACUGUGAUAGCCAUGGAGAGGUAUUUUGUUAUUGUGCGACAUGAUAGACGACUAACGAACACUCCAUGCAGAUGUGUGAUAAUGAUUUUGGGAUGUUUUAUGUACGGGUCAUCUUGGGCAACUGGACCUUUGGUUGGAUGGUCCGGGUAUAAAGAGGAGGAAAUAGGAAUAGCGUGUUGUGUAAAAUGGGAAAUAAAAGACAGUAUUGCACUGUCUUACACAAUAAGCCUGUGUACAUUUGGAUGGUUUAUACCCUUAUUUUUGAUCGGUUUCGGAUAUAUAAGCAUUGCUUGCUCAGUAU